AUGGACUUUGCACCCUAUCAGUCCUCCCCACCAGAGCACACCCGCUCCCCAUCCAACAGCACCACCGCUGGGUCUCCGAGAACGUCACUCGAUACCACACGCAGGGGAGCGUUUUCCCCGUCCAACUACCAACACCGUCCACCAGCGAACUCACCCCCGCCGCUUCAACACCCGCAGCCGCAGAGGGCGUGGAGCGGGGAUAAUGUAGGGCGAUAUCAGAGUCCGCUGGCGGCAAACGUCUGGACGAGCGGGGAUUCGUAUCAGAACGAGACCGGGAACGGGGUGGCGUCGAGCGCGAUGGGGGAUUACUUUAGCAGUCUGGGGGCGAGGGAGGGGAUGGUAUCGGAGUUCGAUACGAGCUUGGGGUUGAGGCUGGAUUAUGAGGCUUGUCUGGCGUAUUUGGCGUUUCCGCCGCUGGGGGGAAUAUUGCUGUUGAUUUUGGAGAGGAAGAGUGAUUACGUCCGGUUUCAUGCGUGGCAGUCGAGCUUGCUUUUCACGGGGCUGUUUGUCCUGCAUUUGCUGUUUAGCUGGUCGAGUUUCUUGAGCUGGGUGAUGUUUUUGGGGGAUUUGGUGUUGAUUGGGUGGUUGGUGUUGAAUGCGUAUCGGGAUGCUGAUACGCUGGAUAGGUAUGAGGUGCCGAUUGUUGGACGGAUAGCGAGCAGGAUUCUCGAUGAUGAGUGAUGGAAAUGGGAGGGUGGUGGACCAUGACAAGGGCUAUGACUACGGAACGAUGCCGGCACAUGAGGACAUGGAGAGUUUUAAGGCGGUGCUUCGGAGUUUGGGAGCGUUUCAAUUACACGGCGUACAGUACUUAUUCGUUAUGGGCCGUCUAAUUUUAUUCUAUGUUUGGGAGGCAUAUGCUUUUGACGAUUUCUGGUGCUGGGGGGCUGUUAUUCAGCUAGCCAUAUCAGGCGUAUAGGAUUGGGAAGACUUGCAGAUGAUGGCUUCAAUGUCUAAGCCUCCGCAACACUACAAUGCAAUUACCCAUGCCGCCUCAUAUUUGUACACAUCACGGUCCAUUGUCC